AUGGCAUCCUCUCAACCAACCUUACUACAUUCUAGUACCGCGUCCGACGUCGAAUCCUCUUGUAAAACUUUUGAUAUUACACCAGAGCAAUUCGCCACCUUACUAUCACGAAGCGCAUCUGCGAAAUCCACUGCUUAUUGCCCUUAUUCUAGGUUCCGAGUUGGCGCAACGAUUCUCACACACGAAGGUUCAUUUAUCGAUGGCGCAAAUGUCGAAAAUGCUGCAUAUCCCGUUGGCACAUGUGCAGAGCGAGUUGCUUUUGGCAAGGCUGUAACUGAGGGGCAUAAGAGAUUCAAGGCCGUGGCUGUCGCAACAGAUAUCAGUCCACCAGCAAGUCCCUGCGGGAUGUGUAGACAAUUCAUUCGGGAGUUCUGCGAUCUUGAUACUCCCAUAUUCAUGUUCGAUAAAAAUGGGGAUUUCGUCGUCUUGAGAUUAGAACAGCUACUGCCUUUGUCUUUUGGACCGGAAGCUCUACCUCCGCGGGAAAGUCUGGGUGAUUCUUCAACCUCCGUGUGA